AAAAAUUCUGAUUGGAUGAAAGCAAAAGUUGAGCGCGCGGUAAACUAAUUUUUAUUUUCCGGAGCACCGAUCGCAAUUCAAGGGCAAUCAGCAAGUUUUCAAAGGUAAAUACAUGCAUAGACGAAACUUCUAUGUUAUGAUAUAUCCAGUUUUAUUGACUGUUCGUAUAUAGGUAAUCCAUUGAUAUGUGUGGUGACUCCUAUAUUCAUAGAUAGUUGCUCCAAUUGAAUAAUAUAGGUAGCACGAAAAGAAAAUACAACUUUUUUUUCUCCCUCUUUAUAGCCUCUAACUUAGUAAGACGACAAUAAGACAGAAUCUGUGAGAGAACAAAAACAAAAUUGUUUUCGUAAAGGGUGUGGAGAGCAUGCAGCAACAAGCUUGUAUAAAAGCAUGCGAAUUGAUUUUGUUAAUUCAGUCUAUCUUUUCACAUUACAGUUGGAAGUUUUAUAGUUCUUAUAAUAGUCCAAUAUUUAAUUUAUCCUUUCAAUUAUCAAAAAUGUUCAAGUUGGUGACAUUCGUAACUCUCUUCGCUGUUGCAUUCUCAGCUCCACAACAUGCUGCCAAAUACCCAGCCGGAGUAGAUCCAUCCAAAUGCCCAAACUUCCCAAUCUGUGAUAAUGCUGCACUCCACGCUAAAGCACCAGCAUACAAUCAUUGGGAUCAACCAGCUGCUCACUGGAACCAACCAGCUCAAGCUUAUAACCAUUGGGAUCAUCAACCAGCUGCUCCACAAUGGGCCCCAGCACCACAAUGGAACAAUGCUGCACAAUACAACCAUGUUGCACCUGCUGCACCAAAAGCUGCUGCUAAAUAUCCAGCUGGAGUUGAUCCAAGAAGUUGCCCAGAUUUCCCAUACUGCCCAACACCAAUCCUUCCAGGACAUCACGCUCAUCAUGUUGCUCCACUCCCAGGAUUCACAGAAAGACUUUACCCAGCUGGAGUCUCAGCCCAUACCUGCCCAAACUACCCAGAAUGUUAAAUAUCUAUUGAUACAUUGAAAUUAUACAUGCAACAUUUUUGAAUUUGAAAAGAAAUAAGUUUAGAUUCUACAUUAUUUCCCCAAUAUUACAUUUCCAACCGUCAAAGACCUUCAAUACUCAGCAUAUUAAGAUGUAUGAAAGACCAAAUAA